GAUGCAAGUCACGGCGGGUCGGCCGCAGCGCUCGAGGCCGGGCUGAGGCUCGUAUAUAAGGCCAAGUGCGCUGGACGGAGCCAAGUUGAGGUCCAGUCACCCCGCCGGCAGCAUGAAAAGGGUGAUUUUAGGGCUGCUGCUAGCCUCGCUGGCCACAUGCUGCCUUGCCUCUUACGGCAGAGGAGGCGGAGGUAGAGGUGGCGGAGGAGGAGCAGGAGGAGGAGCUGGGGGAGGCGGCGCCGGGGGUGCAGUCACCAUAAGCAUCGGAUACUCCAGCCCUUCGCGAGGAGGAGGAGGAGGAGGCGGUCCACUUGGUAGAACCUAUUCAGCGCCUUUAGGAGGUGGUGCAGGAGGUUCCAGUGGAGGUGGAUUAAGUGGAACCUACUCGGCGCCCUUUGGAGGUGGAGGAGGUGGUUCCUUCGGAGGUGGAUCUCUGAGUGGAAGCUACUCAGCACCAUCUGUGGGUGGAGGAGGUGGUUCCUUCGGAGGUGGAUCUCUGAGUGGAAGCUACUCAGCGCCAUCUGUGGGUGGAGGUGGAGGAGGUGGAUCUCUGAGUGGAAGCUACUCAGCACCAUCUGUGGGUGGAGGUGGAGGUGGUUCCAUUGGAGGUGGAUCUCUGAGUGGAAGCUACUCAGCGCCUUCUGUGGGUGGAGGUGGAGGAGGUGGUUCCAUUGGAGGUGGAUCUCUGAGUGGAAGCUACUCAGCGCCAUCUGUGGGUGGAGGUGGAGGAGGUGGUUCCUUCGGAGGUGGAUCUCUGAGUGGAAGCUACUCAGCGCCAUCUGUGGGUGGAGGUGGAGGAGGUGGUUCCUUCGGAGGUGGAUCUCUGAGUGGAAGCUACUCAGCGCCAUCUGUGGGUGGAGGUGGAGGUGGUUCCUUCGGAGGUGGAUCUCUGAGUGGAAGCUACUCAGCGCCAUCUGUGGGUGGAGGUGGAGUGGGUGGAGGUGGAGGAGGUGGUUCCUUUGGAGGUGGAUCUUUAAGUGGAAGCUACUCAGCGCCAUCUGUGGGUGGAGGUGGAGGAGGUGGUUCCUUCGGAGGUGGAUCUCUGAGUGGAAGCUACUCAGCGCCUUCUGUGGGUGGAGGUGGAGGAGGUGGUUCCAUUGGAGGUGGAUCUCUGAGUGGAAGCUACUCAGCGCCUUCUGUGGGUGGAGGUGGAGGAGGUGGUUCCUUCGGAGGUGGAUCUCUGAGUGGAAGCUACUCAGCGCCUUCUGUGGGUGGAGGUGGAGGAGGUGGUUCCAUUGGAGGUGGAUCUCUGAGUGGAAGCUACUCAGCGCCUUCUGUGGGUGGAGGUGGAGGAGGUGGUUCCUUCGGAGGUGGAUCUCUGAGUGGAAGCUACUCAACGCCAUCUGUGGGUGGAGGUGGAGGAGGUGGUUCCAUUGGAAGUGGAUCUCUGAGUGGAAGCUACUCAGCGCCUUCUGUGGGUGGAGGUGGUUCCUUCGGAGGUGGAUCUCUGAGUGGAAGCUACUCAGCGCCAUCUGUGGGUGGAGGUGGAGGAGGUGGUUCCUUCGGAGGUGGAUCUCUGAGUGGAAGCUACUCAGCACCAUCUGUGGGUGGAGGUGGAGGAGGUGGUUCCUUCGGAGGUGGAUCUCUGAGUGGAAGCUACUCAGCGCCAUCUGUGGGUGGAGGUGGAGGAGGUGGAUCUCUGAGUGGAAGCUACUCAGCGCCAUCUGUGGGUGGAGGUGGAUCUCUGAGUGGAAGCUACUCAGCGCCAUCUGUGGGUGGAGGGGGAGGAGGUGGUUCCUUCGGAGGUGGAUCUCUGAGUGGAAGCUACUCAGCGCCAUCUGUGGGUGGAGGUGGAGGAGGUGGUUCCAUUGGAGGUGGAUCUUUGAGUGGAAGCUACUCAGCGCCAUCUGUGGGUGGAGGUGGAGGAGGUGGAUCUUUGAGUGGAAGCUACUCAGCGCCAUCUGUGGGUGGAGGUGGAGGAGGUGGAUCUUUGAGUGGAAGCUACUCAGCGCCAUCUGUGGGUGGAGGUGGAGGAGGUGGUUCCUUCGGAGGUGGAUCUCUGAGUGGAAGCUACUCAGCGCCAUCUGUGGGUGGAGGUGGAGGAGGUGGUUCCUUCGGAGGUGGAUCUCUGAGUGGAAGCUACUCAGCGCCUUCUGUGGGUGGAGGUGGAGUGGGUGGAGGUGGAGGAGGUGGUUCCUUUGGAGGUGGAUCUCUGGGUGGAAGCUACUCAGCGCCAUCUGUGGGUGGAGGUGGAGGAGGUGGUUCCUUUGGAGGUGGAUCUCUGGGUGGAAGCUACUCAGCGCCAUCUGUGGGUGGAGGUGGAGGAGGUGGUUCCUUUGGAGGUGGAUCUCUGGGUGGAAGCUACUCAGCGCCAUCUGUGGGUGGAGGUGGAGGAGGUGGAUCUCUGAGUGGAAGCUACUCAGCGCCCUCUGGAGGUGGAGGCGGCUCUCUUAGUGGAGGAUAUUCAGCGCCUCUGGGUAGCGGUGGCAGUUCCGGGUGGGUGCCAAUCACCGGGGCUUCCAGUAUGUAUGGGAAGUGA